GAUGAUACAUCAGCAGGAUUCCAUUACUUCGGCAUUAGAUAUGUGAGGGUCCCUUCUACAGCUCACCUACCUACUCUCAUGUCUUUGUAUUUUCAGGUUGCUAAUGCAUUUUCCGUGUGAUGGAUUCUUCCAAGUUCUCGGUUUAUGCAGGUAACCCUUCUACAUCCUCACCGCAUCUGGCCAAACGAUGUCUACUCUCAUGUUUUUGUAUUUUCAGGCUGCUAAUGCAUUACCUGCAUUAUUAUGUGCAUAUUUGGGACAUGAUAUCUCUCCCUCAAACAAACGAAGCGUUCUCUUCCUGAAAUUAGUGUACGGCCUCCAUCAUUGCUCUCUAACGAAUCAUGCAUGUGAUUAUAAGAUUGCCUGCUUAAUCUACACGAUUCUCUCCUUCCAAAACACGGGAACACACAGAUAUCCUUCCGGCAUCAUACUACGUGCGCUGCAAUGGAACAUAAUCACUCACCUGGAUUCUAAGGUGGACAAAGAUAGUAGUAUAUCGUGAAAUAUGUCAGGUCUUAGAUUUCCUUGUCCUAAGAUUGACACCAGGCGCACACAGAGUCAACUCGUAUGCAGUGUUAGGUUCUAGCUUCCGAAAGUUUUAACCAUAGAUCGUUUCAACAAACACCUCUGUAUCUUUGUACUAUGAUUCAUGUAUCGUAUUUAACUGUCCCAUUUCCUGGACCUCUUCCCAUCUUCAGGCACAACCUCCCCAUCACCGCCAAUUUUCUCAGAGGUAGGCUCAGACCCACGAAUCUCUCAUUGGCAAAACCAUCUAACUUCCACACAGACACGAACCCUCGAGUUUGUCGCACUAAAAACCUUUCCCUUUUAACGAUAAGCGCCUACACAAAGUAUCCGCAACGAUGCGAUGCCCUAUUUGCCACCACGAAAACAUGACAGGAGUGCAAAAAUGCGAACAGUGCACGGCGCUCCUACCGGGCAAACACCUUUCAAUGCAGGCCUUUACCAUCAAUUAUGGCAACAAGACUGGCAAGACAAGCGCGACGGCGAAGGUCGAAAAGAGAAUAGAAUUUUCAACAAGGUAUAAUGAUGCGGUCGGGAAGGAGUGCACCCUCGUCUCUAUGAACAUCAAUGGUACUCAAAUAGCUGUCACAGUGAGCGACAAUCAUGUAGAACCUGUAUUAGUCUCCGUCGCUCGUCCAAACGAAAAUGUACAGUCGGCAAAAUGUGAAUCAGUCUUUCGGGUUUAGGCAGAAGAGAAGGUAUGGUGGGAUGAGGAGGGAUACAUCAUUUUUGUUCU